AUGACACUUCGCAAAGCUCCCGCCCUCGCCGGCCCCGCCAUGGAGCUUCCCCGGCGCACUUCGCCGCGGUGGACAGCAGACGCUGAGGAUGCGAUCCCGGAGAAGCUCAUCAAGCCAUGGAAACUCCCUCGGCACAAUACCUACCUCUUUAUCAACGCAAAUGUCGUGGAUACCGCCAAGGGCCUUGUUAUUAAGAACACGACCGUCAAGAUCUCAAACGGCUUGAUUGAGAGCGUUGGACAGAGCUCAGCCGACAGUUCAGGCAAUGAUGCCAUUGUGGUCGAUCUGCAGGGAAAAUACCUCUCUCCGGGCCUCAUUGACUGCCACGUUCAUGUCAGCUCCGUGCCCGGCGAGGCCGGCCUCAACGGCGGCUUCAACAUGGAUGCCACCGUAUCUCAUCUGCGGCAAUCCUUCGUGUGUGGUCGCAUCCUAAGCAAGGGCUUCACCACGGUCCGCGACACCGGCGGUGCAACUCUCGCGCUCAAGGAGGCUAUCCAGGACGGCGUCUUUCCUGGGCCUCGUUUGUUCAUCGCCAACCAGGCCCUCUCGCAGACCGGAGGCCACGGCGAUCGCCGAGGCGCCCACGAUCAUUCGGGGCUCUGCUGCGGCGGCACGGCGGGACUCUCCAACGUCGUGGACGGCGUGCCGGAAUGUAUUAGGGCGACGAGAGAGCAGCUCAGGACGGGGGCGGACUUUAUCAAGAUCAUGGUCGGCGGCGGUGUGGCGUCGCCGACAGAUAGGAUCGAGAACACGCAGUUCACGGCGGACGAGAUCAAGGCCAUCAGCGAGGUCGCGCGGAGCUACGGUACCUGGGUUACGGCGCACGCAUAUACCCCGCGGGCGAUCCGCCACGCGGUCGAGAACGGCGUGACGGGCAUCGAGCACGGCAACUUCAUCGACAAGGAGACGGCAGAGUUCAUGGCCGAGAACGCCGUGUGGCUGACGCCUACGCUGGUCACGUACGACGCCAUGGGCUCCGACAAGUACAAGGGAUUCCUGCCCCCCGAGAACCAGCGCAAGAAUCAGGAGGUCUUGGAAAGGGGUCUCGAGUCGUUGAAGAUUGCCGCCACAGCGGGCGUGACCAUCUGUCAUGGAUCGGAUCUGCUCGGUCCCCUGCAGGCUGAACAGAGCAGGGAGUUUGGCAUCCGGCAACAGGCUCUCAGCAACCAGCAGGUGCUUCAAUCUGCUACGGUCAACGCCGCCAGAAUGCUUCGACAGGAGGAUGUGCUGGGGCAGGUGAAGGAGAAGUUCGUAGCGGACUUGCUGAUUCUCAACGGGAAUCCGCUGGACGACGUCUCAAUACUGGAUGAGCCGGAGAAGAACGUCUUGGCGGUGAUCAAGGAUGGCAGGGUCUACACGAGCCGAUGGAGCAAGCUUCCAGAAGACGUCAAGGAGCCACCGCGAAUGAUUGAAUGA